CACUAUGAUCUUGAGGUCCCUCGUUCCCGCGCUGCUGCGCGUGGCGCCCUCUCGGCUCGCGGCCCCGCUCUCCUCGGCGGCGGCCGCGGCCCCCCGCGAGCGGCCCGCCGAAUCUUCCGCGGGCCCCGGCCCCCAGCCCGGCUCCGAGCCGUCCCGCCGCGCGCCCGUGCCCACCGUGGACUUCGGCAACCCGGCGGCGGCGUAUCGCAGCCGCACCAGCGGGGAGCUGCUCCGAAGCCUGUUCGUGCUCCGCGUGUGCGCCGUGGAGCCGCUGCUCCAGAGACAUCAACAGCUGCUCGCGGUCUCCCAGAAGCUUCUGGGCCAGCGGCUGUUUAACUGGCUGAUGAAGAUGACCUUCUACGGGCAGUUUGUAGGUGGUGAGGACCAGGAAGCCAUCAAACCUCUGAUCCGGCACAACCAGGCCUUUGGGGUCGGCUCCAUCCUGGACUACGGCGUGGAGGAGGACCUCAGUCACGAGGAGGCCGAGGAGAAGGAGCUGGACUCCUGCACUGCGGAGGCAGAGAGAGAUGGCAGCGGAGCCAGUAAGAGAGAGAAGCAGUUCCAGGUGCACCGGGCCUUUGGGGACCGAAGGGAUGGCGUCAUCAGUGCUCGCACCUACUUCUAUGCCAACGAGGCCAAGUGUGACCACCACAUGGAAACCUUCCUUCGAUGUAUCGACGCAUCUGGCGGGGCCACUGAGGACGGCUUCUCUGCCAUCAAGCUCACGGCUCUGGGGCGGCCCCAGUUCCUGCUGCAGUUCUCUGAGGUGCUGACCAAGUGGAGGAAGUUCUUCCACCAGAUUGCAGCAGAGCAGGGCCAGGCGGGGCUUCCAGCCAUGGAGACCAAGCUGGAGGUGACCAAGCUGCAGAAGAGCCUGGAGAACAUGGGCAUCGCCACCAAGGCCGAGAUCCAGGACUGGUUCACGGGGGAGAUGCUGGGGGUGUCUGGCACCGUGGACCUGCUGGACUGGAAUAGCCUCAUCGACAACAGGACCAAGCUCUCCAAGCUCCUGCACGUGCCCGACAUACAGACUGGCCAGCUGGAGCCCCUCCUGUCUCACUUCACGGAGGAGGAAGACCAUCAGAUGAAGAGGAUGCUGCAGAGAAUAGAUGUCUUAGCCAAGAGGGCCAUGGAGGUCGGGGUUCGCCUGAUGGUGGACGCAGAGCAGACGUACUUCCAGCCGGCCAUCAGCCGUCUUACUUUGGAAAUGCAGCGCAGAUUUAACGUCCAGAAGCCUGUGAUCUUCAGUACAUACCAGUGCUACUUGAAGGACGCCUAUGACAAUGUGUCGGUAGACGUGGAGUUGGCCCGGCGGGAAGGCUGGUGUUUCGGCGCCAAGCUGGUGAGGGGUGCCUACAUGGCGCAGGAGCGUGAGCGGGCAGCAGAAAUAGGCUACGAGGACCCCAUCAACCCGAGCUAUGAGGCCACAAACACCAUGUACCACAGGUGCCUCAACUACGUCUUGGAAGAGAUUAAGCACAACGGUCGGGCCAGCGUGAUGGUGGCCUCCCACAACGAGGACACAGUCAGGUUCACCAUUCAGAGGAUGGAAGAGCUGGGCCUGCACCCCACAGAGAAGAAGGUGUACUUUGGCCAGCUCCUGGGCAUGUGUGAUCAGAUCACCUUCCCCCUGGGUCAGGCGGGCUUCCCGGUCUACAAGUACGUCCCGUAUGGCCCCGUGAAGGAGGUGCUGCCCUACCUGUCACGCCGAGCCCUGGAGAACCGCGGGAUGAUGAAGGGGGCCCAACGCGAGCAAGAGCUGCUGAGGAAAGAGCUCAAGAGGAGGCUGCUCAGCGGUAACCUCUUCUACCGCCCUGCGGCCUGCUGACCCCUCCCCCGGCUGUCAGGCAGUCACUCAACAAGCAUUGGUUAAGCUGUCCCAUGUGCCCAGCCCAAAGCACAGAAUGGUCCCUGCCCUCCAGCGGGGAGGCGAGGUGACAGUGCUCCGGUACAGGCCAGAGACGUGGUCCAAACAUUUCUUAAGCGUGAGGUGGCUGGGCCAGCCUUUGUGCUGGGGAGACAGAGAAAGGCUCCCUGCCCCUGCCCCCUCCAGCUCACCCUCUAGGGCCUGUGGGGGCUGGGCUGAGCUGAGCCUCGGGGAGGGAGGCCCGGGGCUGUCCCUGCAGGACUUUCCAAGGCCACAGGAGUGUCCCCACUCCCCAUGGCCCGACAGCAGCCGGAAGCUCCACAUGCCACCAGAGCCCAGCCUUCCACCCACCCUCCUUCCCUUCUCCCUCCCAUGGCUGAGGGUCCCUAAGGGCUGUGGGGACUGAGGUUUCCCCUGCCACUGCGGGUGUCAGAGGUGGGAUUCGCAGCACAGUCAGCCCCGUAGAACUGGGGGGGAGGCUGCUGUCUCCUGCAUUGUGCCCACCCCUGUCAUCCCACACUCCCACUGUCCAUGAAGCACUGAUGUCAGGCCGCCUCCCAAAUGCUCCCAAGCGUUCCUGGGUCCCUGAGGAGACCUCAGUACCCAGCUGAGCCUGGGGUCAUGAACCCCAUCUGUGCCGCUGUGUUUGGGGGUGGGGGCAGCUGCUGGAUAAGGAGGCCCAUGGCAGGUGGGCAGACGUCCUUGGAGGCAGUGCCCACCAAGGCCAGAUGAGUCACAGCAAGACCAUCGAGUCAUGUCAGGGGAAGGUGCAAGAUGAGGUCCACUGACCACAUGCUUUUAUUGGGUGAGGCAGCCUGACUGCCGUGGGUCCCUCUCACUUGGCCUGUGGCAGGCUUAGAAGCCCAGGGGUGGCCGGCUCUCCUUCGGGAAAUGGGGGAUGGGAGAAUGCUCAAGAGGCCUCAUCCAUCUCAUAGCCAACCUCCUGACUCCUGAACAGCUGUUCCCCAAUGUUGACCAAAGCUGCCUGGCCUGCUCUGUCCAACCUAGGCUGAAACAGCCCCAUUAAAAGUAUCAUUACAUCUUC